AUGGACUAUUCAAGCCUCCGUGCCGCAACUCUGCGGGACGGAGAAGACGAAGAAGCCGUCACUGUCGACACCCGCGCCCUCAUAGACAAAGUCCUCGCCAGAUAUUCCGGAGAAUGGACUACGCUCAGGGAACUCAUCCAAAACGCCGCUGAUGCGCAAGCAUCCACAGUUGUUGUGAAAUGGGAGACGGUUCCCUCAACCCAAGUGCCGGUGCCUAAUACCACGAGCCGAUCCGAGCUGUUGAAGCAUGCUAUAGCAAACCAUACAUUACGGCGUUUAGUUGUGCAAAACGACGGGCAGCCGUUUACGAAGACGGACUGGGGUCGACUGAAGAGAAUAGCAGAAGGGAAUCCGGACGAGACGAAAAUUGGCGCCUUUGGUGUUGGAUUCUACAGCGUGUUUGCCGACUGCGAGGAGCCUUUUGUGAGCUCUGGGAGCGAAGCCAUGGCCUUUUACUGGAAAGGAAACUCGUUAUUUACUAGAAAAUCACAGCUGCCCGAGGACAAGGCCAGCAAGGAUACAAUAUUUGUCUUGGACUACAGGAACACCACGACGCCCAUGCCAAACCUUCUUUCCGUUGGCCAGUUCCUCGCCACCAGUUUGACAUUUGUAGCUCUACAAAAUAUUGAGUUUUGGAUUGAUGAUUAUCAAAUACUGUCGUUGAAGAAGAAAUCUUCCCCUCCGGCAGACCUUGCUUUGCCCCGAGACCUGGAGGCGAGAACCAAGGAAGGCCUCAUGAAGGUUGUUGGUGUGGACCGGACGAGCACACAGAUUGAUGCCGCAUACAUGAGUGCAAUGGGCUGGAAGCCGCAGUCAUCAGCGUCAGCUACCAAGAACACCGACUCAUACGGCUCAAACGAAGCGCCGUCUCUCCGGGCAUUUUUCGCACGUUUAACAUCGAGUGCCUCACAAGCCGGGUUGCGAUCAAAGGCGCAAAGCGAAGAUAACCUGGUGCAGCCACAAAUUGCCGAGGACGUCACCAAGGUGAAUACAUCGUCGAUUUUCUUGAGUGCCACGUCAGCCACUGUGCACACCAAAGUUUCGUCCUCGUUUGCGUCUGAGCUUGAAAGAGCUACUAAGAAGCCUCCGCCCAGUUCAACCAAGAUUUCGGUUCUCACCGCGUCGUAUGACGAGGCCGGAGCGUCUGAGAGUUCCGCUGCGAAUGCUGCCUUUAACAAAGCGACCGAUGUGUUUGCUUCUGUUCUCCCGAAUAAGAAGCCUGGUGGUCGCAUCUUUAUCGGGUUCCCGACAAUGCAAACGACCGGCGCUGGGAUGCACGUUUCCGCCCCAUCAGUCAUUCCCACCGUGGAACGAGAGGCUAUUGAUCUGAACGCACGCUGGGUUAGGACCUGGAACGUUGAACUUCUUCGCGCCGCCGGAAUAGUGUGUAGAUUGGCUUUUUCCAACGAAAUGAGUGAUCUGAGUCGCAGGAUGCGAUCCGCCGUCGAGAGCGGUCGGAAACUGUCCAACGCCAUCAUUUCGAAAUUCAUGCCCGAGGCUCUGCAUACGCUCAAGACAUUUACAUUUCAUGAUUCGACACCAAGCAAUCAGGUUGGGCAGAUCAUGGAAGAGGCGUUCUGGACCUGUUUCAAAAAGGCGUCUAUCGAGAUGUUCUCUAGUCAAGGCGUGCUCCAGACGACACAUGUCCGUCUUGGGUCAGACGAGCUCAAUGGCUUUGUGGAAAGCAUCCCGGUUGUCCCAGAGGAGAUGAAGAGCUCGCCCUUUGUUCGGAAACUGAUAGAUUUCGGCCUCAUCUCACACAUUACAGUCACCGACGUCAAAAAGGAGCUCGAGGCCAAGGCCCUGAAUAAAUCUCAAAUGGUCAAGUUCAUCUCGUGGGCGGGCAAGAAGAGUUUGAGUGGUGAACUCGACCCUGGCAGCCGCGCCGCGCUCCUUGAGGUUGCCGUUGCCACCAUGGGCGAUGAGGACUCGCAAGGCGAAAUCGUGGCGCUCGGCAGCAUCAGGAAUUACUUGAGUCUAAACAUUAUUCCCGCCCAUGUACCGAUACCGCCAACUACUGUUCCGUUUGCUCUCACGACCAGUUCGCAUCCCUCUGAACUCCAAGCCCUUGGCUGGGAACCACUCGAGGUGCUGCCCUGGUUUCGCUAUCUGCUGGAAUCGACAAACUCCAGACCAGAGGACGAGAGCGUGACCAGGUCAGCCAAGUUUGCGGUGCAGGUGUUGGUCAUUCUGUCCAAGAACUGGGACACAAUCUCGAACAAGGAUAAGACGACCUUGGCGUCGUUGGUCCAAGCUAAUGCGGUCAUGCCCACCAAACUCGGGUUGAAGCGGCCGGGAGAAUCAUUUUUUCCCUCUGUAAAAUUGUUUGACGACUUGCCCGUCAUUCAGGGAUGCGAAAAGGUCAAGGAGAAGUUCUUGUUUGCUGUUGGUGUGCGAAAAACAGUUGAUCUCGAGACCAUCUUUACGCGGCUAGUGAACGACUCUGGUGACGGCAGCCAGAAGAAAUGGAGUCACAUGGAACUCAUCAAAUACCUGGCUUCUGUGCAAAACGACAUCCCGUCCGACGAUCUCAAGAAACUGAAAGAAACAAGAUUCUGUCCUGCGGAGGCCGGUCCAAAGGGGAUGGAACCUACCAAGGCGACAAAGACACUGUACAAGGUAUCCGAACUUUUUGAACCCAAGGACUCUGUUCGCGCUCUGGGGUUGUCCAUUCUGCAGUGGCCCGGCCCUCCUGGCAGUUUCCGCGCCAGCAGCCCCGAGGCCAGAUUUUUGUCCGUCCUCGGGUUACGCUCGUAUCCUUCUGUCCCAGAGCUGGUGGACAUGAUGGCAUCCAAGGACGAUACCCUGCGAACAUCGGCAAUGACGUAUUUUAUCGCCAACCACCACUCCAACAGAUACGGGGCGUUUGAUCUCGGCGAGACCCGCAAGGCCAUUCUGCCACUGCAAGGCAGCACCCAACUUGUAACCCCGUCCGGGUGCUUUACCAACGAGAGAGCGGCGGUUCUUGGUUUCCAUAUCCUGAGGAGGGAUCUGCACGACCACGCAAACAAAUUCGGCGUGGCAAGAGAUCCACCGAUGGUUGAGUGCGUCAACCGUCUGUUAGCCAGUCCUCCUGGAGAUCGACAAGCGGCCACCACGCUUUUUGGCUACUUUGCCUCUCGAAUCACCGAGGUUCGUGAAAAUAGCUUGGCCAAACUGAGGAACGCACCGAUCGUGCCAGUAUCAAGGCCCAGCAUUUCGAGAACAUCCACGACCUCGAGUGAAAAAGUAUCGCACACCAGCCCGUCUCGCGCCUAUCUGGGGACGUCUGCAACGUACGGGGACAUUUUUGACUUUGUCGAUUUUGGCCAAGAGGCAAAUGCGUUUCUCUUCCAUUGCGGCGCCAAGAGUGAGCCUACGAAACUCGAGGUUGCACACAUGACGUGCACCGAGCCCGCAAGGUUACUCAGCGUGUUGCAGAGCCCAGAAAAGUACAUGGACCUGCUCAAAUCUCUUGCGGAGGCAUCGGCCACUCUUCAUCGUGACAAGGAGCUCUGGCGCAAGCUGAAAACAGCGCCAUGCCUGCUAGCGUACAAGGAAUUGGCACCGACGACCAAGGCUUCAUUGAUAGAGCUGGAAGAAGAUGAGGCGCCCAUCAAGCAAUAUCAACUCGCUUCGGCUAGUCAGAUUGUGGUUGUGGACGACAUCAUCAGCUACCGUCUGUUCAAGGAUUACUUGAUAUGUGCGCCAGAAGAAGAUGCACUCGAAAACUUCUAUCUCCAGCUCGGUGCGCAAAAGCUGAGUGGCAUUGUUCAAGAGGAUGUACGUAUCGGACCUCACACAGCCCGACACAAGACGGCAGAGCAGUUGCGAAAACAUGUCGUGGAGAGGUCAAAGAUUUUCCUUUACGAGUAUGCCAACUAUCGCCGGGACGCUGUCAAACACGACUCCAAGUGGCUGGAGAAGAACCUUCGGGUGGAAAUGGUUCGCUCGGUCGCUCUGCGCCGCACGUUGAAAGGCCAUCGGCAAUCGCACACUGAGAAACGAUCCGCCGCCGGCGCAUACGAAGAUCGGGCAUGGGUUCUGUACGUUGCCGAUGACGGUCAGCCAGAUAUGUACCAGGUGGGACAAGCCGUCUGCCAGAUGCUUCUGAACAGACCGAACCAGCAAGCCUACCUGUUCUUUGAGCCAUUCCUUACGCUGGAUCUUUACGGCCUCAGGGCACGUGGCUAUAACGUGGACCGCAUUCUUCGCGCCAAGGCUGCCGAGGCAAGAAUUGCAGAAGAGGAGAGACGCAAGGCACUGGAAGAGGAGCAACAGAGGAUACAGGAACGGGAACAAACCUGGGCUCAACAAGGAAAGACUACCGAUGACAGCAAGAUUCGCCAACUCCCCAGUGCGGCAGAGGCAGCCAGACAAGUUGCGCGGACCCCGGAGCAGCCGGCGAAACCGAUGAUGCCAGGUGCAUGGGGCACACCGGACGAUGCAGCGACAGACGGAACGCAUCAGUCAAAGAAGGGGGGUGGGCUCUUUGCCAAUCUCAGUCGUAGGUUAGGUUUCGACAGCCAGGACGAAGGCAAAGAUGACGCAAAGUCGCAGCUGGAGCAGUUUAUGGACAACGCCUUUGCCCAGACCGGAAACGAGCCAUCCACUUCAUCACACGAGAACAAUACCAAGCGUCCUCAGCAAGAUGAUGGGCGCGUCACCAGUCCUGCCGUGGUACAGCAAAACCUCCUCAACGCCGUCAACGCGACUCGGGCACACGGAUCCGAUCAUGUGUUUUCCGAGCCCAAGGUCAACCAGGUCAAGGAGCAGGCCACCUACUGCGACAGUACUCCAGCACAAAACAUUACGUUUGCCGCAGAGGCGUCCAAUGGGAUGAAAAUAUAUGUGUCAAAAACCAUGCAAGCCAAUGCCGCAACUUUCUUGUCGUCCAACAUUGGGCCAGUCAAUUCUUUUGCGUCGCUCUUGGUCGAGAUUGGAGGCAUAUACUCCUUGUCGCCCAAGGUUCUGCACAUUUUCUACGACGAGUCUGGGGGCACUAUUGCAUUCAACACCGGCGGAAGCAUAUUCUGCAAUUUUCGAUUCUUUCUCCAAUUGCAUGCGGCGCAGAUCCAGAGUGGCAGUGGGAAAGCCGAAGCGGCCACCUGGUGGUGGGUGGUGCUGGCUCACGAAUUGGCUCACAAUCUUGUGUCUCCGCACAACUCGGAUCACAGCUACUACACGGAGUCGUUUAUUCAGCAAUACAUGGCAAAGAUGGUUGCCAAGGUUGCUCAAAUGUCAGGCACUGGAGCUGCUCCCUCUGUACCACCCCCUCUUCCCCGUCCUCCGACUACUGCUUCCACUCAAUCUCAGAUCCCUCCGCCUCCAUAUACGCUAAAUGCAGAUAGGCGGGAUAAUAUGUUUGGUUAA